AUGGCAGCCGCUACGUCCACCACCACCGCAAUCCGCCUCGAGACCAUCCCCCCAAGCAGCGUCGUCACCCAGCGCGACGUUAUCCAGGAAACAACAAACCCGCGAGACACCGGAACCGACCCCGACCCCGUCCUCGCCGCCUCCCGGGCUGCGGAUAGCACCGUCCCCGACGGAGGCUACGGCUGGGUCGUGGUAUCGUGCUGCUCCCUCGUGACGUGGUGGUUCGUCGGCACCAGCUACAGCUGGGGCGUCAUCCAGGGCGCCCUCGUGGCCGACGGCGUCGGGUCGCCCGGCACCCUCGCCUUCGUGGGCUCGCUGUCUGCCGCCCUCAUCAGCGCGCUGGCCAUCGUCAACGCGCGGGUUGUUCGAUGGAUCGGCACCCGGUACACCGGUCUUCUGGGGAUCUUCCUCAUCGGGUUGGCUGAGAUUACCGCGAGCUUUGCCGUCAGUAAUGUCGGGGGGUUGUUUGCUACUGUUGGUGUGUUGCUGGGCUUGGGGAUGAGCUUGUGUUUUAUGACCGUCUCCGUCGCUCCAGCUCAGUAUUUCAACCGCAAGAGAGGCCUUGCGAACGGUAUCGUCUUCGCAGGGGGCGGUCUCGGUGGUGCCCUCAACAGUCUCGUGCUAGAUUCGCUCAUCCAGAAAUACGGGCCGGCAUGGACGUAUCGUGUCCUAGGUCUCGCGACCCUUGUCACAGGUCUCCCCGCUGCGUGGAUGAUCAAAGAACGAACCCCUAUUCGCACGACGGCCUUGGUAGAAUGGCGCCUCUUUAGAGACCCGGGCUUCCUCCUAGUCUUCGCAGCCGGUGCGGUCGGCACCUUCCCCCUUUUCGUCCCGCCCUUUUUCGUGCCCCUCUACAGUCGGUCCAUGGGCCUCUCGUCGACCACGGGUGCCGGCCUCCUAGCCGGCUUCAACUUCUCGUCCGCCGUCGGCAGGAUUCUCUGCGGUUUCUUCUGCGACAGGCUCGGCCCGCUGAACACGCUUCUCGCAUCCUUCUUGCUCACGGCCGUCAGCAUGCUCGCGCUGUGGCCCGUCUCCACCACGCUGGCCCCCCUGGCUGUGUUCGUCGUGGUCAACGGCGCUUCCAACGGCGGGUUCUUCUCCACCAUGCCGACCGUCGUGGGUAACACUUUCGGGUCGGCACGGGUGUCUGUCGCCAUGGGCAUGGUGGUUACGGGAUGGGGCGGAGGAUACCUGAUGGGCGCACCCAUUGCGGGAUAUUUGCUGGAUGCGUAUGGCGGAGCCGAAGAAGGCUUGCAUGCCUAUCGCCCGGCCAUGUUUUACGCCGGCUCUCUUGCCCUUGCUGGGGCCGGCCUUGUUGCUUUCCUCAAGUUCCGGACCAACAAGAACAUUUUUGCCAAAGUGUAG